AUGCCUUCCAAGACUACCGUCACCAACUGGGUCAGUCGUGGUCACCUGUCGCCCCGUCACCGCCGGGCACGAGACGCGAGACCGAUUUCGGGGCUCCUUGCUGCCGGCUCGCGACCCUCGCGAUGGCUCGCUCUCGCCCCGUUCGUGUAGUUCAUGCUUACUGACACACCUAUCUACUCUUCACUCGCCUUCUACAGUGCUACGGUAUUGCUGCCUGCACCGCCAUGAUCCUGUACGGCGUGAGUCAUGCCCUUCUGCCGUGUGACAGGACACGCCUAAAUUUAGGCGCCGGAAAUAUCCCUUGGCGCCGUGAGCGAGCAGUUAAGAGUGGCUGAUGUUCACCUUCUUGAACCUAUCUCGUGGUUGUCCACCCCCCUAUCCUACAGUACGAUGCAUCCACUUUCAAUGCCGUCCAGGGCUCGAAGCAUUGGGUCGCCUACUUCAACAAGCCUACGCCUUCUCAAAUCGGGUAUGUCGCACGUUACUCGACCCAUUCAGGGGCAAAGCGAAAGUGUCGACGCCGAACCUUUAGCUAACUACUGUUGAAAUUAUCCCGAUGUGUCAUUUUUUAUCUGCAGAACGAUCAACAGUGUCUACGUUGUUGGUGAGUGCUAUAACAGCAUUGAGUCAUCAUUAUCUUGUACGAGGGAAGCCUGCUAACUACCAGCCCCAUGUGCCCUUUCCAUCCAUCAGGUAACAUCGUGUCCGGGUGAGUUUCACCCCCCUCGGCCCGCGUCCAUCGACCCGCCCAAGCACGGCCCGUGCCACUUGCCACCAGUGCUCGUGCUCACCCUCUUCGACUUCUUACUGCACAGUUUCUUCGCCGCUCCCUGGGUCUCGUCGCGUUAUGGUCGCCGUGUCCCCAUCAUGCUUGGUGCCUUGCUGGUCAUCGUUGCCACCUUCGUGCAAACUUUCGCUCCCCGUGGUCACCUCAACGUAAGUUUGCCCGGCGCCAAACCCGAAGUUGGACCCGACUUCCGAACUGUGCUCCUGCCGAGACAGGCUCGCUAAUCUUCCCUCUCCCUUCCACCCCUCCCACCUUAGGCCUUCCUCGGUGGACGCUUCGUCGUCGGUCUCGGUCAAGGUCUGGCUCUCCCCAACGGCCCCGUCUACGUUUCGGAAGUGACUCGCCCUCACGUCCGUGGCCGCCUCCUCGGUUUCUGGCAACUCUUCUACUCGGUCGGCGCGUUCAUGGCUUUCUGGAUCAACUACGCGACGUCCAAGCACACUGCCAAGCUCGGCGAAUGGGACUGGAAACUGGUCCUCAUCUUCCAGCUCGUCUGCCCCGUCAUCCUCUUGAUCACCAUGCCUCUCGUCUGCGAGAGUCCCCGUUGGUUGGUCGAGAAGGGUCGCGUUGACGAUGCCCGCAGGGCCCUUCGCCGUAUCCGUGACACCGAAGAAGAGAUCGAGUCCGAGCUUCUUGAGAUCCGCGAGGCGCUCGAGUUCGAGCAGAACGAACUCAAGAGUACCGGUUUCUACUCGGCUUACAAGCUCCUGUGGACCGACAAGUCGCUCCGCCGCCGAUUCAUCUUCGCCCUCAUCAUUAACGCCGGACAACAGCUUACUGGACAGGGCUCGCUCGUUUCUUACUCGACCGCUGUGUACAAGAAGGUCUUUACCAACCUCUCGACCGUCGCCCUCAUCAACGCCCUCAACGCCACCUUCGGUAUUGUCUUCACUUUGACCGCUGUCUUCUUCAUCGAACGACUCGGUCGCAAGGGUCUGCUUACCAUCGGUGCCAUCGGUCAAGCUCUCUGCAUGCUCAUCGUCGCCGUUGUCGGUAGCGAAACCCCCUUCAUUGGCGCCAAGCACGACAGCAAGACGCUCCCCGUCGGCGUCUCGAUCGUCUUCCUCCUCUUCUUGUUCAUCUUCUUCUGUGAGUUUCUCUCUACCUGACUAGUAGCUCACCUGGUAACUUUAAAGCUGAUGCUCUGCGGCUUUCCUGUCCCGUAUUUCAGACAAGCCAUCCUGGGGAGCCACCGUCUGGAUUUGGACCUCCGAAGUCUUCUCGUUCAACGUUCGCAUCUACGCUGUCGGCGCCGCUACGCAAACCCAGAACGUCGCCAACAUCAUCUUGAAUCAGUUCUUUCCGCAAUUCCUUGCCAAGGCAGGUUUCCGAGCCUUCUACCUCUUCGCUGGUAUCAACGUCGGAUUAGCCAUCUUCUGCAUCUUCGUGCUGCCCGAGACCAGGGGGGUCAAGCUCGAGGAGAUGGAUGUCAUCUUCGGCGGCAAGAACCACGUCGACGGUGGCGCCGACAUGAUGGCCGGCCAAUCGACCUACUCUGCCGAGAAGCCGGGUGUCGAGCACCACGAAAACGAUCUGACUUCGGAAGAGCUCGCCAAGCGUACGGUUUGAUUCGAAUCUUCUCGUCUCCAUCAGUGAUAUGACCCCAGGUGGCUCAGAGAAUUUUUAGGGAUUUUCAUAAGGCAGCUCUUCCCCCACGUUCACUAUAUUAUACGGUUAUGUGUUUAUCGUCUAGGUGUAAUAUGACAUGCAUUAUGCAAGUUGUUGUACCUGCCUCUCAAAACGCCUGAGCAUUCCAGUGACCGCCAGCUCGUAACGACUAGAGCACCUUUAGGCGCCGUGCUCAACCUCAUUUCUUACUACGUCGUGGGACUACAAUGGCUUUGA